AUGCAGAACAUCAGCGUGGUGACCAGUGUCGUCAUUCUGUCCACGUCAUCCAAACCCUCCCCAUUCGUCCCGCCCGACCGCAUCGUGACCGGCGCCAUGCGCGUCCUCAUCGAGAUCGUCUUCGACCUCUGCAUCUGCUCCGCCCUCUGCUUCGUGGGCAUCAUCACCAACAUCCUUGACCUCGCCGUCUUCUACCGCCAAGGUUACAAAACCACGGUCAACAUCUCCAUGUCCUUCAUGGCGUUCUUCGACCUCGUCAAAUCCUCCUCCGGGUUAUUACACCGUCUCUACGGUCCUAUCCUACUCCACAACCUCGUUCUGGCUAAAACGUGGGAAAACUUCACGCGCGCCAGCCUCGCUUUCGUUCAAACGUUUGCCGUGUACACGUCCAGUGUGCUGGCGGGGUACGUGGCUGUAGAACGGUGCCUGUGUGUGCUGAUUCCGUUCACCGUGAAGUCAAUCCUCACCCCCCGGUUCACCUGGGUCACCAUGAGCAUCCUAUCCCUCGUCACCUACGGCUCUUUCGGCGUCGUGUUCGCCUUCUACGACUACAUAUGGGAGAUAAGCGCCGUCUACAACCAGACCGUGGGCACCUACACCUUCAGCCAGUUCUACUGGCGAAACGUGGACGUCGUGGUGCCCUACUACAACACCCUCGGCAUCCUCUGGCCUUUCACAAGUCUCGUCGUCAUCUCCAUCAGCACCUUCAUCAUCUCCUACCAGCUACAGAAAUCGUCGAAAUUCCGAAACUCCAACAAAAAAUUAGUCGCGGACGUCAAAAAUCCUCAUAUUGCCAAACCCAACGCCGAAAACACACAAGGUCUAGGAUCGCGAGACAAGCAAGUGGUGAAAAUGCUUCUGGCUAUCAUCAUUGUCUACAUCUUCGCUUUGACGCCUCGCAUUGCGCUAUUUAUAGCCAAGUUCUUCGAGCCGGAACUGUACCUGCUGAAGACCUACCACAACCUUUUCUUCGUGCUGGCCUACUCCUGCUUCAUCCUUGACUUCAUCAACUCCACCGCUAACUUCUUCAUCUUUUUCGCCAUGAGCUCUCAGUUUCGCAUCACCUUGCAGCAGAUAUUCAACAUUCGUCCUGCAGGAAAUUGAAA